AUGACAAUUCCCCAUUACGGCGUCUGGGUUGGCAAGCCCACCAGAUACAGAGCUGAGACCGCCCGUCAGGACUCCAGAUCCCCCCAUAUUUACCUCCAUUUCACCGACGGCUCGCACUUGCACAAAGAAUACGAAGCAGCUAUCAAUGUCAAAUCGACAGAUAGAGAUACUCGACUAGUCUUUUGGCUGGACCGAAAUUUCCAAAACCCGGUAGCUCAUCAUCUUGAGCAGCUCGAUCUAGGCCUCCACCCCAUCGGAUCUCACAAUCACAACCACCACACUGGCUCCGUGCCAGGAAUCGACUAUCUCCGCACCCCGGGUCUCGUCGACGUCGAGGCAGGUCGACUGCUUCCUCAUGACAUCCCCGGUCCAAUGAAUGAUGUCCUAGACCUGAUGGAGCCCAUUCUAAACGAUGCAAUUCGUCAUGGAGCGACCAUGUAUAUAUUUGGUCAGCCCUACGAUGACGGUAUCCAUGACAUCCACCUGAACCAGGGAAACCUACCGCAUUUUGAAAACGGUGUCUUUGAAGAUGGUGGGCUCUUUUUCCGUUUCCCUGAUGGACAUUGGGAGGGUGUUUUCCUUGCGUUUGCGUCGCAGAGAGUUCCUACCGAUGACAGUGGGAAGCCUGCUCAUUAUAGCAGGACGUUGGCACAGAUGGUGGGAUAUGAUCAAUAA